AUGUCUGUGUCAAAUCGUCUCCGGGAGAUCCGGUCCUCAGACAAGUUUAUUCUGGUGGCGAUGUGCUUUGCAAUCUUUACCGAUACAUUCAUAUAUGGAAUGAUUGUUCCAAUACUUCCAUACCUAUUACUCCAGGGUGGCCAGGUUUCGAAAGGAGACGUUCAAAAAUGGACGUCAAUACUGCUUGCCGCUUAUGGAGCUGCGCUUCUAGUGGGAUCCCCAAUCAUUGGUCUAGUCAGUGAUCGUAUUCGGUCGCGGAGGUCUCCCCUUCUAUUCGGGUAUAUCACGAUUGCUGCUUCGACAUUGAUAUUCGCACUUGGGGGCUCGCCUGCUAUGCUCACUGUCGCCAGGGUGUGCCAGGGUCUCUCGGGGGCGGUGAUUGGGGUACUUGGUCUCGCCAUUAUUGCAGACGCAGCUCGUCCUGAGACUGUGGGAGAGUUCAUGGCAUAUGGAUCUCUGUCAUUCACAUGGGGAAUGCUUAUGGGGCCUGUUUUUGGCGGCCUUCUGUAUGAUCACUUUGGCUCUGUCGGCGCAUUUGGGCUGCCGAUAGCAAUGCUGGUUGUUGAUAUCAUUCUUCGGGUCUUGAUUAUCGAGAGAGACAACAAAUCAGUCAGCGGCGCAACUGUGGAAGCUCCACGUGAAACAGAUGCUUCCACAACAUCGCAAGAGGAGACCCCCUUGCUUGCAGUUUCGCCUGCUGACAAACCCUCUCUUUCGCUUCGAAACUUUUUCGAUACUCGUCUGGCGACCACAAUUCUGAUCGAAAUCACGAUCUCUUCCAUCAUUUCAGUCUUUGAGACGGUACGUCAACGACUUUGGCUUUCUAAAGCAUACCUAACAUGGCCAUAUCAGACUUUACCCCUGUUUACGAUUGAAACUUACCAAUGGGCUCCAACAAAUGCCGGGCUCGUGUUCCUGGGAUUGACCCUCCCUAGCUUCUUCAGCAUUCCUCUAGCCAGAUACACCAGCAAGCGCAGCUGGGACCGCCGAAAGAUUGUCGCUAUCGAACUCGUCCUGUGUUCGCUUCCUAUGGUAGGGCUCAAAUGGACUCAAGGAAACACCCUGCAACAAGAACUCCUAUUCAUCGCACUAAUCAGUUUUGUGGGCCUGUUUUUGACUACCUGUCAGGCACAAGUUCUGGCUGAAGUAUCAGAGUCGAUCCGCCAGAUUGAGGCCAGACAUGGUAUUGACCCGGACACAAGCAGUGGAAUGGGCACCGGCUUUGCCUUUUGCAAUAUGGCAAUCGCCGCUGGGCAAUUCAUUGGGCCUCUCAUAGCCGGAGUAGCUAAGAUUGGGCUUGGAUGGAGUACUAUGACUAUCAUGUUGGGGGUUUUAUCAUGCAGUGUUGGGCUGGUGUCGUUCAUUGUCAACGGCACCCCGCGUCUAAUCGGAAGAACAGCUACCAACUGGUCAAUUUCUGGAAUGACGUUUCCGCCCUCGAUCUCCCCAUCUCCGCUACUCCGCAUCAACACCGCGACCAUCAUGUACGACUCAUAUCGCCCACACCCUCUUCUCGCCCAGAUUCCGCUGACGGUCUCCCCCUUCAUCAAUCUCCCCACCUCGGUCACAUUACCCUACACAUACAAAUCCGUAGCCUCGAUUCUUCCACCCUCGGUGACGGUUGAUCCAAGUAAUCCCGAGGAGAAAGCCCGUUAUGUCGUUUCCUCCAGUGGAGAGCAUGCGGCUCACCCCGACGACAUCUUGGCCGCGUGUCACUCCCUCGAAACACACCUGAACAAGACCCGGAGCGAUGCCGACCAGGCAAUCGCGGCCUGGGAAGAUUCAAUCAAACAACGCGAGCUUGCUGAGAAGAGACGCCUAGCCCCUGGGUGGCUGGACCGCGAAGAGAAGCUGCUUCAGCCGAGCAGAACUGCCGUCGCUCCUCCCGGUGUCCAACCGAGUCUGUUAGAUAGCUCUUCUCCCGACCAAAGCUCUUCCCAGAUGCCAGCUAUUCAGCCGCAUGAUGAGGGAGAGGAGCUGGAUCGGGCGUUUGGUGGGCUUGGUGUGAAAUGA